AGUUACCAAGAUGCUGCUAUAAAUCUUGGCAAAGAACUGGUGUUGAAGAACAUUGAUUUGGUAUAUGGAGGAGGAAGUAUUGGAUUAAUGGGUUUGAUUUCUCAGACUGUAUUUAAUGGUGGUAGAAAUGUUAUAGGUGUCAUUCCAAAAGCUCUAAUGGCUAGAGAGAUCACUGGUAUCACUGUCGGAGAAGAAAAAACGGUUAUAGACAUGCACCAUAGGAAAGCAGAGAUGGGCAGCUAUGCUGAUGCCUUUAUUGCUUUGCCAGGAGGUUAUGGAACUCUUGAAGAGCUUUUUGAAGUAAUUAUCUGGGCACAAUUAGGCAUACAUAGCAAACCGAUUGGUUUGUUAAAUGUUGAUGGAUAUUAUAACUCGCUACUUUCAUUCAUCGACAAAGUUCUAGAAGAAGGGUUCAUCAACCUAGCUGCACGGCAGAUCAUCAUUUCUUCUUCAAAUGCAAAGGAAUUAAUUGAAAAAAAAUAUUCCUCGCAUUCAUCUCCCAAAAUCCCAUCUUUAGACACUCUGAUUGACCUCAACCUUCCUGCUGCCAUGGAUGACAACGUUGAACACUCCACUGUCUCUGAUACACAUCCAUAA